UUUGAAAACAGGCUUGAACUUGUGGUUGAGUCGAGUUGACUAACUGUAACAGACACACGCUGUUUAGACUGGUUGUUUACCAUAAUAAUGACAAUGGAGAGGAGCAUAGGGACAGUUUCAGCUAUUAAAGCUUUAGGGUACCCGGGCGGUUCCUGCCUCACACGGUGCAAAUGUGAUGAACUUCCCUGCCCGCUGCUCACCUGGCUGACUGCAGAGCUGAAGACUGUCUGUCCAGAGCUGCAAGACUCAAACAGGUCAGGUGACGUCUUGCUGGUUGGAGAGCUGAGAAAUUUACUCUCAAAUGUGUUCUCUCCCCUCGCCGUGCUGACCUCAGAGGUGCUGGGGCCGUCCACCCUCAACAAAGUCACUGAGUUCCUUGUGUCAGAAUUGCAAGCAGCUCACAUAAUCAAGCAUAAAGAGUUGCAUUCUGAGGAAAAGACAACACAAGCGGAGUGUGAAAAAGAGCAGCGAGUUGAAGAUCACAGCCAUGAACUCUCUGAGGAACAUGAAGAUGGUAAUAAAGACCAAAGGAAGGCGGAGAUGCAGGCAGAAUGGAUAUUACUGCUGCAUGCCCUUGACAUGGACGCCUCCUCUCAAUUUACAGAUUUGUUGACUGAGGUGGAGUCCAGGCUUGCUCGUCUACCAUGUGGAGACAUGAUGAACCCGCUUCUUAACACCAGCCUCACCGCAGAGCAGUGGAUGCAAGUUAGAAAGAUCAAUCAAGUUCUGUCAGAGGACUAUCAGUGUCGGCGACAGAUGAUGAUCAAACGCUUUCAGGUUACACUGGAGUCAUUUGCGUGGGGAGAAAAACAAAAGGAGCGCAGUGAAGCUCUGGCAUCAGUGCCUCCUCUUUCAUCCCUCGUCAUCUCCUCCCGAGUCUCCCUGUCUCUUCUCAUUGCUGCCAGGGAGGAUCAGUCCAUCAUUGAACCAAUUAAGGCUGGAACAAGCACCUCCGUCUACAAGAGGUUGAUGGGCAGUGUACCAGACAGAGGAGGACGACCAGGGGAAAUUGAGCCACCCAUGCCAGUGUGGGAAAGUCGAAGAGCAAGAGGAAGCCAUUCAGGACGAGGAGGUGGACACCACCAACGACGUAAAUUUUCAGAUAAAAAGAGGAAAGGAAAAAAAGACUAACAUGUCUUUCUCUUUGAGCUUAACUGCUUGAUUUGAAAAAAAGUGAUGAUUUUUCUUAAGUUAAAUCCUUAUAAUGAAAUUGUGGAAUGCUACAUAUGACAUAAUUUUAAGGUUGUAAAUAUGUGUAUUAUUUGUCCACAGACAUACCUGAUUGUAAAUCCCCCCUCCAAAAAAAGCAUGUCAUUGCUAUAAUGUACUGGUAUAUGGCCAGAUAUUUUUGUUGUUAUGAAAGAACAGAAUAGAAAAAUCAUUUUUGGUUUUCCACAUUCAUAUAUUGGUUUGUUUACUCAAGAAUAAACCUGUU